AUCCCAUCGAAGCAUUUCUAUUUCUAUUUCUUUUUCUGUCUUCUUUAUGCUACAUAAAUAAUAGUUGGCCGUCGGACUAAUUUGCUCGUUCCCACUUCCCUGUUCGUCCUCUUCGGCCUCCUCCUCCUCCUCCUCCUCCUCCUCGAAAUCCCUCAACCCCCGCGGCAGGCCUUUAGAUUUCCUAAAGAACGCGUCUUGGCGGCGGUGCCGACAUGCCCUGACUCCAUCAGGCGAGAAUUUUGGGCAAGAUGGCGGUUUUCUUGAAAGACUAGAGAAGGGAUUUGCGAGAUGAUGCGGCGUGGGGUGGGGCGGGACUUCUUGAUGGGUUCUUGCUAGAGAAUAUGGUAUCUGGUAUUGCUGAAAGCGGCUGCAGAAGUAAAAAAUGAAGACUUCUAGAAAGAAAUUAAUUUGCUACACACCUAAAAAGUCUUCUCUUCUUGGGAGGGAACUCCAUUCUAAAUUAGACUCUGAGUCAGCAAAGAAGAAUCUUCGCAAAGUUUCCUACAGUAGGAGAUGCAGACUUAAGCCUAAUACUUUUAUGAAGAAAAGGGGAAUAAGGAGGAGGAACUUUUUGAAUGGGAAACCUGUCAAAACUAUGCAGAAAAUCUCCCACCAUACCUCAGUUAAUGGCCAAUGUCUCUCACGAUUAUCGACAAAUGGAUCUUCUUGUUUGUGCAGUAAAGGGAACCCAGGGACUUCAGAUGACAAUGGAACAAUUAAAUUGCAUAGAAGGAGAAGGCGUAAACGGAAGAAAAAAACUGUAGAACGUGAUGAGGCCUCUUGUCUGCAAAGAAGGACAAGGUACCUGCUAAUAAAAAUAAAGCUGGAGCAGAAUCUUAUUGAUGCAUAUUCUGGAGAUGGUUGGAACGGCCAGAGCCGAGAAAAGAUUAAACCCGAAAAGGAGUUGCUAAGAGCUCAGAAGCAGAUAGUGAAAUGUAAAAUUGGGAUCCGUGAUGCAAUUCGCAAGCUGGAUUCACUUAGUUGUGUAGGAAGCAUUGCAGAUUCUUUGAUGCAUCCAGAUGGAUCUGUAUUUCAUGAACAUAUCUUCUGUGCAAAAUGCAGAUCAACUGAAGCUUUUCCAGAUAAUGACAUUAUUCUGUGUGAUGGAACUUGCAACAGUGGCUUUCACCAAAAAUGUUUGGACCCUCCAUUAGAAAAAAUUCCUCCUGGAGACCAAGCAUGGCUUUGCAAAUUUUGUACCUGUAAAUUUGAAAUUCUAGAAGCCAUUAAUGCACACCUAGGCACCUGCUUCAGUGUGAACAGUAACUGGGAGGACAUUUUCAAGGAAGCAACUGCUUGUUCUGAUGUUGAAAACACAGGCCUCAAUCAUGCUGAAGUGUGGCCAUCGGAGGAUUCAGAAGAUGAAGAUUACAAUCCAGAAACAAAUGAAAAUAGCAACAGCAGAUCAGGAAUCGAGGAAAACAUGUCUAAUGACUCUAGUUCGAGCAGCCUGUUUUCUUCAUCCGAUGGAACUAUAUCUUAUUCUGAUUCAGAACAUUACAGUUAUCUUGAAAAACCAUUUAAUAUCAUAAGUAGAAGCAAGAACAGGGUUGACCUAUUUGAUUCAGUAGGCAACUAUGAUUCUGGUCCAAGUAAUGAAUGUGCGAUUACCAGCUACCGUAGGCAGCGGAGAGAUGUUGACUACAAAAAACUUCAUGAUGAAAUGUUUGGGAAGGAACCACCCGAAAACGUGGCACAAAGUGAAGAUGAAGACUGGGGUCCUAAUAGGAGAAAGAGGAGAAAGAUGGAAGAAACCACUGGCACUUGCAUGGCUAACCCUGUGAAUGAGGAUGGUUCUUCAAAUCUUGCACUGACAGAGAAAAUAUCAUGUGAUAAGAAACAGCUCUUCAGAAUACCUCCUGAUGCAGUUGAGAAACUUCGCCUUGCUUUUGCUGAAAAUGAACUUCCUUCAAGAUCUGCCAAAGAGAACCUGUCUAAACAAUUGGGCAUUUCAUCUGAGAAGGUCAGCAAGUGGUUUAAGAAUGCAAGAUAUGCUGCUCUUAGGAUGAGAAAGAAUGAGACAACAAAUGCUGUUAAGAACCAGGAUACAUCUAUUUCCAUGAACGAAAGCUUGUCUGAGGAUUUAGGCCCACCGGGUUGUCGGGUGGGCAAAUCAUUCAGACAAGUGAGUGGUCGAAGGAGGUUAGUUCUUGAGAGAACAUUCAACAAGGGAGGAACAGGUUGCCAGUUGGAUGAGAAGACUGACAGUGAGCAGCUCUACUUAACUGAGGUUGAGAGGCUCUGUAGACUGGAGGAUAAACUUCAAAGUUUGAAGAAGACAUUGCUGUCAUGCAUGGAUGAAGACAAACUGACCACCAAAACCUGUGUAAGAGAAGAGACUGUGAUCUAUGUUCCCGUUGCUGAGGUCAAGGAGAAGGCAUGACACGAUCAUGACUGCUGUAUUUUCUUUCCCUUUAUACGAAUUUAGAAGGAUCCAGCUUCCCAUAAUCCUCGAGAUCGUUGCACCACAUGAGCUACACCUGAUGUGGGGAAGACGCAAGUCAUGAGAAAUACAAAAUCUGAAACUUCAGCGAAAUGAGAGCAGUUAGGGACUAAUAUUCUUUCUUCAAACUGUGAUGUCACUGCAAGCAACAAAGAAAACUAACAAGAAGGAAAAUGUUGGACUGGAUUGUUUGCAAUUUUGCUCUGCUAAAUGCUGACAACCCUUUGUUUUUCGACCA